AUGGAACCGCCGUCAUCCCCGCCUAACGAGGCCGCCACUGUGGAAGAUGCGCUCUCCUGGUACAAGUCUCAGUAUGUGCAGCUUGAGGUUGAGCUUGCCGAAUUUCGCGAGUCAAGCCGUGAGCUCGAGCAGGAGCUGGAAAAGGACAUUGAGAGAGCAGAGAAGCAGGAGAGAGUCUUUCAGGAAAAGGCAGAAGCUCUCGGCUUCGAGGUGGAAGAGUGGAAGCGCAAAUACAAAGAGUCCAAGACCGAGGCCGCAUCGGCGCAGAAUGUCCUCGAGAAGGAAAUCACCGUCCUCCGCGACACAAACCGCAGCCUUCAGAUGAAGCUGCGCGACUCCGAGGUGGCCAAUGACGACUUUGAGCGCCAGGCGCGCAAUACCACCUCGUCGCUCGAGGAUAUGGAGUCCAAGUUCAACCAGGCCAUCGAGCGCGGCGUCAUCAUGGACGAGGAGAUGAAGCAGGGCGAGCAGGAGCGCGAGAAGCUGCGCAUCGAGACCCAGCGGCUGCGCGAAGAGCUGGGCGACCUCAAGAUUGAGGCCGAGCUCAUGCAGGACAAGAUCAAGAAGCACGAGGCCCGCCAGCACCACCUUUCCACCAUUUCCACCGAUAUGUCCGCCCUCGGCUCGCCUACCUUUUCCCGCCACACGGAAGCGUCGCCCAACUCGACCGCCAGCUCGCCCCUCAUCACCACGCCGCCUCCUACCGGAAAAGCGCUAUCGUCGGCGGGCACUGUCUCUGACAUCAACGAGCCGCCCUCGCCGCCCAUGUCGGAGGCGUCUAACCCCGUGCCCAAGGCCACCCCGGCCAAGACGCCCGUCCGCACGUUGCAACGCAAACCCAGCCGUCUCCCCUCUCUGGGCGACAGUGUUACGCCCAAGCCUCGCGCCAAGUCGUCGACCACCCGCAUGCCUCCCCCGCGCGUCUCAGGCGGCGCCAGCACAGGCACCGGCUCCAACUAUCGCACGCCGGCCAACAACCGCUCCACAAACACUCGCACAGUUUCUCACAAGCUGCCAGCCUCCAACUCGCUGUCACACAUUCGCACCCUGACGGAAAAGAUGAACCGAUUGGAGGCGCGCGUGCACAAUGUGCGCUCGAAGCUCCCUGGACCGGCCAGCAGCCCGCCUCGCGCGUCGCCGCGAUCUGCUAAGCACAGCAACGUUCCGUCGUCGGUUACGGUACGCUCGCGCAAGCGCACUGCCGGCUCGGCCACGUCAUCCAUCACCGGAGACGAAACAACGCCCACCAGCUAUCGGCCGUCGGCCUCGUCACGACAAGGCCACGUGCCCAGACUCAGCACCUCCAACAUGAACCGCCUGUCGUUUGGUCCGCUGCCGAACCGGGCGCCCGACGCAGACAGCAGCCGGCCUAGUUCGCGGGCUAGCAUGUCCUCGUACGCGCGCCCGCCUUCACGAACAGACAUGGCGCCACCGAGACCCAUGUCACGCACAUCGACUCGCACACCACUCAGCCGACCCCGAUCGUCCAUGUCCCUGCACGGCCACUCGCACUCGGCGAGCACGCACCACCUCGAUCUCGACAUUGAAGAGGAGCACGAGGGCAGCCUCCAAACGCCGAGCCGCCGGGGCACGUACGGCAAGGUCGACUUUAGCAGCAGCAUGAGCGGCAUCCCUAUGCCCGGCUCCUCGAUUCCGACACCCGGUGGUCGUAGGCAGAGCGCCGGCCGUCGAUCGAGCGUUGGCGUGGGCCGCGAGCCCACCAUGCCCGGCCGACCCAGCACAUCUGGCGGCCACAAGCUGCCUGAAGCGAGCGAUCUAGGCGAGACAUAUUAG